GAGAGCAUCACCUGCUCCGACGGGGAGGGCCCUGCGGAGGAGGCCAGCGGGCCGCCGGAGGGCGGCGCGCCCCCCGGGGCCGCGGCGGGCGGCCUGGGCGCCGGGGGCGCGAUCUUCGCCAUCCGCGAGGAGCUGCUCGUCAUCAGGAGUGCCGGGGAGCCGGCGGAGCAGGCGAGGGCGGCCUCCGCGGCGAAGGGCGCGGCGCGUGCAGAGCCGGACGCCGCCGUGGACGUGGAGCAGGUCGGCGAGAUGGCGUCGGAGCAUGGGAGCGACAGCGGCAGCGGGCAGGAGGAGGUGGGCGACGAGCUGGUGCCGUGGGCCUGGAUGCACAAGGCGGCCGCCGACUCGCAGAAGGUGGCCGCCGCCGAGUCGCAGAGGCCGCCGCCGGCCGCGACCCAGGACGCGGGGGUGCUCGCC